AUGACCACCUCUAAUCCAAUCAUUGCUGUUACUGGGGCUACGGGAUUCGUUGGAGCACAUGUAGUACGUGAUGCACUUGCCCGUGGAUACCGCGUUCGCUCGGUUGUGCGAAGUGAGAAAAAAGGUGACGAAUUGCUUCGAUCGAUGCCUGGACCAAGCCAUUCUCUUGCGUUCGUUUCAGAUAUUCGUAACAAAGAUGAACUCAAGCAAGCGUUCAAGAAUGUGAAAAUAGUACAGCACGUGGCAUCACCGUAUACAAUGGCAUUCGAUGAUCCUGUCUCUGAAAUGCUGGAACCAGCGAUUAAGGGAACUAUGAGUGUACUUGAGGCAGCAAAUGAAGAGAACGUGGAACAUGUCUUGAUUACUUCGUCAUUUGCUGCCAUCAACUGUUUCGAAAAAGGAGGCUCAAUUCGAGAUUAUACAUACACAGAAGCUGACUGGAAUCCCGCAACGUAUGAUAUUGCGAGGACGUCAUCUAAAGCCUACACUUACUGUGCCAGUAAAGCUCUUGCUGAAAAGGCAGCUUGGGAGUACGUUCGCGAAGCUCAACCUUCGUUUGCUUUGACUACAUUCAACCCUCCAGGGAUUGUUGGACCGAUAGCGCAUCCAUUGGAAAGGCUCGAAGAUUUGAACACGUCUUGCGCAAAUGUUUGGCACUUAGUCUCAGGGUCUUGCGAUGAAGUGCCUCCCACUUUUCUUCCACAGACCGUUGAUGUUCGUGACGUGUCAAAAGCUCUGGUUGACGCUAUGUCAAAUCCAGCUACACGCGGAGAACGUUUUGCCCUUUGUGGAUACUAUGUCGACAUGCAAGUGGUUGUUGAUUAUUUGCGGAAGACAUUUCCAGAACGUCGCGAUGCUAUACCAGCUGGUAAUCCGGGUACAAGGAAUCAGCCGGGGCCAAUUGCAAGGCUGGAUGCAUCCAAAGCUGAGCGUGUGCUGGGAAUUACGUGGACACCGUGGGAAAAAACGUAUGGCGAUCUCGUAAAGCAACUUUUGGAGCUCGAGGAGAAAUUCAAAGCCGAGCGCUCCAAGAUGCCAGCACUCUGA